AUUUUUAGUAUCAGAAGAAUUCAAUACAGUAAUUAAUAAGAUUAUACAAAUUGAGGUUUAAGGGGAAGUGGUCUUUGGUCUUUGGCCAUCGGAUCGGCCAACCAUCUGCACACUGCAGCGUUGCGUUAUGUAUCUGGGCAUCUCCAUGUGACUGACGACUCUCUACCCUGCGCCAUUCCUCCUCAUCUCCCAUCUCCCACCUCCCACCUCCCACCGCCCCUCGCCAUGCCUUCUCCUUCUCCUCCUCCCCCUCUUCUUCUUCUUCUGCUACUCCACUGUCUUCUCUUCCUCUCCUCAGCCUCUCGUGAGGGUUCCAACUUCAUCGACGAAAAUGGGGACUCGCUAACCAUCAACCCACGCUCUCUGCGCUUCGCAAACCCAAGGCUCCGCCAGGCCUACAUUGCGCUGCAGACAUGGAAGACGGCCAUCUUCUCCGACCCUUUCAACUUCACUGCUAACUGGAAUGGCCCCAACGUCUGCUCCUACAGUGGCGUUUACUGUUCUCCUUCCCUCUUCAACUCCUCCGUCACGGUAGUCUCCGGCAUCGAUCUCAACCACGCUGACAUUGCUGGGUAUCUCCCACCCGAGCUUGGCCUCUUGACGGAUCUGGCUCUUUUCCACCUCAACUCCAACCGUUUCUGCGGCAUCGUCCCACGUACCUUCCGCCGUCUCAAGUUGCUCUACGAGCUCGACCUCAGCAACAACCGGUUCGUCGGCCGGUUCCCCGACGUCGUCCUGUCCCUCCCUUCGCUCAAAUACUUGGAUCUUCGCUUCAAUGACUUCGAGGGCUCCAUCCCUUCCGGUCUUUUUGACAAGGACCUCGAUGCCAUCUUCCUUAAUGACAACCGCUUCCGAUUCGGCAUUCCGGACAACCUCGGAAACUCCCCCGUCUCCGUCAUCGUGCUGGCCAACAACAACCUCGGCGGUUGCAUCCCCAGCAGCAUUGGCAAGAUGGGUCACACCCUGAACGAGAUCAUUCUCAUGAAUGACAACCUCACCGGCUGUCUGCCCUCCGAGAUCGGCCUGCUUAAGGAUGUCACCGUGUUCGACAUCAGCUUCAACCAUAUCCAAGGCCCGCUUCCGCCCGCCAUUGGCCGGAUGAAGAGCUUGGAGCAACUCGACGUGGCUCACAAUAUGUUUACUGGGGUUGUACCGGCGGUGGUGUGUCAGCUGCCGAGAUUGGAGAACUUUACGUACUCGUUUAACUACUUCACCGGUGAAGCACCGAAGUGUGCUGCGCUCAUCUCUGGCGGUGCAGGAAGGGUUCUGUUGGAUGACCGGAAGAACUGCAUUCCCGGUAAACCAGAUCAGCGAUCUUCGAGGGAGUGUUCUUCCCAGGCUGCACAGCCCGUCGACUGCAGCAAGUUCAAAUGUGGCAGCAAGGGUGGUGCUGCUCCUUUCCCUGCACCGGGAGCAAUGACGCCCGUGCCGCACCCCCCACCGCCGAGUUCGGCCCAUUCGCCCAGAUCCUUCAAGCCUCCUCCGCCACAGUCAACCGUGCCGAAAGGAGCACCACCGAAGACAAAGCGGCCUAUUAUACUACAACCUCCAUCUCCACAUCCAGCUAACCAGACUAACCAGACGCCUCCUGUUAGACAUUACCCACCGUCACCGCCAACUUCGGGUUCAUCGCCGUCGACGAGAUCACAUCCACCACCGCCACCAGUAGGCCAUUUUCCAGCACCACCAACUCCGUCAAGCUCUUACUUUUCGCCGCCUUCACCUCCACUUCCACCGCCAUCUGGCUCGUACUAUCCCCAUCCUUCACCAGUGUCGCCACCACCACCACCUACUAAACAUGUAUCGCCAAAGACGCAUCUUCCACCGCCACCACCUAUAGAGUAUGUGCCUUCACAACCUCCUUAUUCACCAGCGCCCCCUGUUGCAUCCCGACCUCCAUCACCUUCUCAUGUUUACACCUCGCCUUCACCACCGCCCCCUCCACCGUCCCAUCAUUAUAGUUAUCCAUCACCACCACCUCCUCCGCCAACCUAUCAGUAUAGUUACUCAUCACCACCACCACCAACCCAUCAAUAUCCUUACGCAUCACCACCACCACCAAAUCAUCAUUCUGGUUACGCCUCACCUCCUCAUCUUCCUUCUCCCCCAACCCAUCACCUUUAUACACCACCAUCGCCACCUCCACCACAUAUUAGAGUGCCGCCACCAACCCAUCAUUAUACAACUCCUCCACCCCCAGAAGAAUUCUACCCACCUCCAACCAGUGCUCCUCCACCACAAGCUUCAAUCUCUCCCUCACCUCCAUCUGGGUGCAUCAUAGAAUCACCUCCUCCGCCACCAAGUCAUGCUGUCUACCACCAGUUGCCUCCACCACCUCCCCCAACACAACAUUGGCAGCAUCCCCCACCAUCGCACCCUCAAAGCAAUCCACCACCACCAAAUCACUACACCCAUUCAUCUCCUCCACCUCCGACAUUACCACUGCCUUCACCACCACCACAUUUUGACAAUACACCCCUCCCACCUGUUACAGGGGUAUCCUACGCAUCUCCUCCACCCCCAGUAAUUCCUUACUAGUAAAUCGGGUUUCAUUUUCAGCCCUUUACCCACCAAAUCUACUUUUUUUCUAUUUUUUUUAUAAUUUUGAUGGAAUAUAUAUUUUUUGCUAAUAAUUUGAUGAAAUAGAUUUAUUGUUUUUCUGCAAAAGCAACCCAGCAAGAAACUGCAUUUCAGCAAGGAUCGGUGUUUUUCAUUUUAUUUUCUGAGUCCGGAUUCCGGAAUCCGUUCUUCUUGUUUGUUUAAUGCAAUGUUAAUGUUGUGUUGUUCGAUAUAAAGUUAUAAACUGUUAAAAAUUAAAGGAA